AAUUUAUUGUUGUUUAAAACGGUAAACACAAAACGUGACCUUGCACUUUAUUACGCAGUGCCCACGAAUUGUGGCGUCCAGAAAUGAAGGAUUUGAUGGUGCCGGCGAACGGCGCCAGUAACGAGUCAAGGAUCAUCAACACAGAUUCUCACAAAGAUGCGAUGCUUGGUUUCGCACUCAACCUGCCGGAUGAACAGCAGGACAGCGCUGUGAUGCAGCUGCAGGCAGUAACUGAGGAACAGAAGCACAAUAAUAAUAAUAAUAAUAAUAAUAAGAAUAAUCAAAACAAUAAUAAUAGUAACAAAAGCAAUGGCGAUAUAUUGCCAGCUGCGGUGGCGUCAUCACAAUUGCCUGAAUGCUAUCAAUUUGACGCAGACGCCGCUGCUGCAGCCUCAGAGCUGGUUAACGUGGCUAACAAGGACUGUGACUCAUUGGCUAAACUGGCCUACAAUCUAUAUCGAUUGGCCAAGGAGGAUCACAUCGUUAUCGACCGCAAGCGAAACGAGGUCGUGCGGACGGAUGCAAUGACUAACCAAAAGACCAUCUAUCGUUGCAUGGAUCCCGUAGGCAUGGGCAUGCAGCCGGCAGGUAACAGUCGCCCAACGGUGAUGUCAACGUCAACUUCAACGUCUGCAAGAGUGAGCGGCUCACGAAAACGUACGGCUCCGAGUGUUGCAGCAACCUCGAAGAGAACGCCUGUGAUCGCGGCGCCGAGCGGCACUACGAACAGUGCUAUGAGUGAGCCAACUCCAGCAGCAGAUGCAGAUUCAAUGCUGCGCACGCGAUCUGGGCGCAUAAUUCGGGCCGCCUUGCCGCAGUCGGCAACAUCAGCUGCACGGGAAACGUUGGGUUUACUUGUGGCCGAUUUGCGUGACAAGGAUUAUCGUGCACCAGUAACAACUGCCGUUGCACCGUCCAUUACCACAGUUGAGGAACCGGCGCCCAAGGAGCGUGCUGUGCCACAGAAUGCAAUUUGUCCGGGUUGCAAUAAGAUAUUUCUGGGUCGUCGUUUGCAGCGCCAUUACGUCAAGUACCCUGACCAUAUGCCCAGUGUGCUCGCCCAUCGGCAGCAGCAGCAGCAGCAGCAGCAGCAAUUACAACAGCAGCAGCAGCAGCAAUUGGCCCAGAGUAAUGGACCGACACUGUUUGGACUUUUGACCGGCCAACUGCAACGACACGGUCAUCUGAGCGAGGAACAACGAGCCGAUCUCUUUCUGCAUGAGCUAAACGAUUUUGUGGAGCAGCUGCAGUUGCGCAGCACACGGCUCAUACGGAACACUUCGGGUUCGCAUUUUGUGAAUGCACGCAUAGCACGUGUGCUGGGCAUACCCGAGGGUCAGUACGCGCUGGAUAUGUCGGCAAUGGAAUCGGCGCAGGCGCCCACACCAGAGCCGGAGGUGCAGCAGCUGUUGCAUGCGAGUGCUGUGGCAAGUGCACGCAAUCUGGUCGAUUAUCCGGGGCUCAGCAUGUCGCUAGAUGAUACGCUGACCGAUGAAGCGGCUCAACGAUUAAACUUGUCUGCUGGUGGCAAAUUGUUGCCACCAUCCGAAGAGAGUCUGUUGCGCAAUGUUGGCGAUGAUCUGAUGCCGCCCCCAGUGGCCGUGGCCCCACCCGCCGUUGGCCAUGCGGCGGUUGCAAUGCUGCCACACUACGAUCACGCCAGCGACAAUGCCGUCGAGGCGCUCAGCAUGAAAGAGACGCCCAAUGCGGCUAUUUUAGAUCUCAAUGUUGAUUUCUUCAAAUUUAAUAACAAUUAGUCAAAUGCAAAUGAAAAUGAAAUUUACAUAUAUCUGUUUGCAAAUGCCUUUAUUUAAUAUAUUUUGUAUUGUAAUUAGAAUGUGAAUAGUAUGAAUAAUUGAUGGAUAAGAUAUAUAAAAUGAAUCUCAGCAUGAAAUGUACCUUAAAUCUCUAAGCACUAGAGACAAAAUAUUAGACUUAAAGUAAAGUUUGUAUUAGCCUUAAGCGAAAGGCUCAAUUAUGAGAGCAUCUAUGAAAAUUGUAUACAUACACUGAUGAAUUGAAGACACUUCAGCUGAAUCUUUAUACACAGAUCUUUCUGGUUAAAGCAUUUCUUAGUGUGUUCCAUGAAAUCCUCACUAGAUUUCGAUUUUUCGUGUUAAUAAACAAUCAGUUACACGUUUCAGCUAAAUAUAGAAUCCGAUCAG